AUGACAGGUUUAGUAGCACGUCUGAAAAAAGCUGAAAAGGAUUUUGAGACAGCAAAAGAAAGAGGAUCAUCAAGUGCUGAUGCGUAUGAAGAGAGGGUUAACAAGUUGAGAAAAGAAUUGGAAAAGCCACAACCUCAUCCUGAGUUACAAUUCGGUCCAGUCGCUCAGAGUAUCGCUGUGAUGGUGAUGAUAAGCUUAGGAAUGUCUGCUGUGCCAUUGCCCUAUGAAAUGAUACCUUUUUACGGGUUAUUCAGCACUAUAACGACUAUAGCUGUUAUUUUCUAUGUAGCUAGAACGUCGAUCAUCUAUUAUGGGUAUAAUCAAGCAUUGUCAAAAUUACCUAAACCUGAAGAUCCAGAUACGAUCAGAUUUCGAAAAUUGGUUGCCAGUAAGAAACCAAGACAAGAUUUAUGGGCGCACACCCGAUCUCAUCCUUCUGCAUUUCUAACUACGAAAGUUGCAGCACCUAAAUUGUUCCCAUUCCCAUUGGGCAAAACCCGACCUGAAGCAAGUAUAAAGGAUGAAUUAUGGUGGGAAGGAGGAAAUGCUCCUCAUGUAGGACAUUUCAAUAGACCUAAACUACCUCAACCUCCAGCUCCGGAUGAAAGUGUUCUGAUGAAAAGGGUAGAAGCAAGUAUGAAGCGUGAAGCUCAGGAGGAUAUGUGGAAGAAAAGGAUUCGUACGGUUCAGAUACUCUGCGUGAUCAUUAUCGUUUCGUUCAUAAACAAGAAGGUCUCCAUAGCAUGUUUAUGUUAUCUUAUUUACCACACAAUAUCAACCGAGAUCCAGAACAUGUUGGCUCCUCCUCCUGAUAUGGAUGGAAUAUGGAGAUAUAUCGAUCGAAUGACAAUGAAUAAGAAUGAAUCAAAUCCAAAACCAAGAGAUAUGACAGGUGGUAUGUCCUAUAUAUAUGAACAACAAGAACAAGGACAAGGUGUCAAGGAAUUAGCAAAUGUUCCUAUCGAAAUGGUUCCUCCUCACGUGUUGAUGACUACCCAAAAUCAUUAUUACGCUGGGCCAGGUAACGAAAUGAAGGUCGAGAAAUAG